UACAUGAUUGAAAUUGCUGCAAGUGCUGGCGUUCCAUUCACACCUGAUCCCGAUGUUAUGAGAGAUGACGAGGUGGCUCAAGCGGAGAAAAUGCUCAUCGAUUUCAAACAAGCUGGUACUACCAACAAUGUCGUUAGUGAUGCGACGCAACCAGGAGGUGUUAAUUACGGCUGGAAUCUACCACCAGGUCCACCACCACCUGGGCAUUUUCCACCACCAAAUGUGCCACCCCCACCACCUAGCUCUGGCGAUGAUUAUGGAGGAAGCCAUAUCUACGAAGUCCCCUCCGUUCCACCACCCAACUAUGACUACAGCAAUCCGGCACCUAAUGCUGGGUCAGCGAAAUUCUGA